AUAUUGCAACAACAACGACCAAAGUCACAAGAUAAAAGAAAAGAAAAAGAUCAGUGCCCAUCAUGUGAUAAAGGGACCUUUGUUUCUAUGGUAACAGUGGGUCAUUGAAACUCGUUGUCAUGGCUGCCAGGCGUAGACAUGACCGGAAAAUGAGACGCUCUGAUAUAACAGCAUAUAGAACAUUUACAGAUAACUUUAUUUUAACACCAAAUGAAAACUUCCUCACGGACGCUCGUAUAAGAAGACAUUCUAAGGAACAUAACCGAACAUUUCCGGUUUUAAAAGUCGGAAAAUCAACCGGAACAAGAUGGAAAGUUGAUGUUCUAUCAAAACUUCGAGGGUUUCCGAAUAUUCAAAUGCAGCAUCCAUCACGACUAGCUCGUGAAGACACAUAUGAUGCGGAUUAUAUGAUGCCUAGUCAAGUAAGAGAAAUUCUUGAAGAGGAGGGUCUAGAAAAUAAUGUUAUAAAUGGAGUAAUAGGACAAUCGGAGGAGAAACACAAAAACGCGCUAAUAAAAAUGAAACAAGUCCAUGAUAAAGGUGAAACUAAAAAAGAACAUAUAUUUUUACCACCUAUUGUAACAACACAGAAACCUGUGCUUAAGUACAACGGAAUGGGGUCGUCAUCAUGGCUUGAUCUUGCGGCAAGACAACACUCACAUGAGCAAACGAGAAGGUCAUUGUGGAAAAAUCCAGUAAGCAAUCAAGGAAAAGAUGAAUCUUGGAACUAUAGUCAUCGCAUGCGCAGUAUUGUAGAAGAUGUUCAGCUAGAAGCGGACCGGAAGAAGUGGGUUGCCGAGCAACACGUUGAACAACUCUACACGGGAGACAACUUUAAUCCUCCCAGAAUAGUGUUGGUUUCCUCCAAGAUACCUAAGUGUUAUCUACUCACAAAAGUAUAUAAUGACAACGUUAUACCUAUUUUAUAUGAUUUUGAUUCGUGUACUUUCACAGAUAUUUUAGAAACAAUGUCACGGAAGUUGAACCAAUACAAACAGAAUUGUAAGGCGAAAUCUGUCAUGGUGCUAUGUCAGGGAGGACCUGGUUAUAUUUAUUUGUUAAAGAAUUUUGCAAUAACGCCACAGAAGUUGUACAAGCCAUCAUACCGCAGUGUGUUAGGGUUUUGGAGAGCCCUGGCUAACAUGAUAAGCAAACUUAAUCCCGAGGAUGCUGCAAUACAUUUAUUUGGUUUUAAUCUCACAGAGAAUGAACAAGGCAAAAAGAUCAUACCGAUGUUACAAAGUCUCAUGUACCCUAACCUCGUCAAGGUGAAUCUUCUAACAGAAGACACGGAGGCUGGAAGGACUAUGAUUGGGAACUAUUUUAGAUACAAUCGGCUUCAAGUGUGGAAAUCGUAUCAGAAAUCUUCAUUAAAUGACAUAGACUUUGUUAAAGAAGAGACUGGGCCGGUUAAACGUCAUUAUAGAGGCCCUGUGAUGAGACUAGCCAGAUGAUGUAAAGGGAGACAACCGUUCUUCUCACACAGUGUUCUCCCGUUGCUGCACACAACAUUUGAAAACGAAUCGAAAUCGUCGCGAAGAAUUAAGCAGAUAUAUUCUAAGUGGUGUGUGAGGAAGUAAUGAAGAUAUUUUCACAAAUUCAGCAAAAGUCGUUGUUCACGCUAUAUUGAAAUACCUCUCCAAAAAAAUAUAUACUUUAAUUAGGACAUAAAAUUAUGCCUUUCAGCCAAUUUGUUCCGACACAUUUUAAUGUAUAUUAAAAAGAAAUUAUCGACAAUAGACAAGCGUGGUAUUCCUGAAAUCUUUGUAAUAUUGGAAUAUUUCUGUCAGUUUUUCAAAUGUUGUUCUUCAUCACUGCAAGUGUUAAGCUGGCCCAUCUUUAUUUGUAUUACACACAGCAUAUUCACGUAUAAAAUGAACACGUUUUACUGAAACAUCUAAAAUAUGAAUACCAAUAUAAUGUUUCAGUCAGUUUAACAUAAACAGGAAAUAUCUUUACUUUGUUAU